GGGGAAGUACAGCAUAUUGUUUUGCAGACUUUGCCUACAGCUUCUUUGCAGCGUGAGCGUAGAAUAUAUACACCCAGGAAAGCAGUUAGAGAGAGAUGGACUUCCAGAGCAGAGCUCACCCUUACCCCAUCCCAGAGGACGAAGAGGUUGCGUACAAGGUCACUUCUGAUGCUCACAACUCUGCAGGAAAUGAAGGCGAGAAACCGGUGUCAAAAUUGCAACGUAGGCACAGUGACAUAAAACUCUACAAAGAGUUUUGUGACUUUUAUGCAAGAUUCAACAUGGCAAACGCGCUUGCGAAUGCCAUCUGCGAGCGCUGCAGGGGUGGCUUUGCCCCUGCCGAGAAAAUCGUCAACAGCAAUGGUGAGCUGUACCACGAGCAGUGCUUCGUCUGCGCCCAGUGCUUUCAGCAGUUUCCCGAAGGGCUCUUCUACGAGUUUGAAGGGAGGAAGUACUGCGAGCAUGAUUUUCAGAUGCUUUUUGCCCCUUGCUGCCAUCAAUGUGGUGAGUUCAUUAUUGGUCGUGUCAUUAAAGCUAUGAACAACAGCUGGCAUCCGGAGUGCUUCCGCUGCGACAUCUGCCAACAAGUAUUGGCCGAUAUUGGAUUUGUCAAGAAUGCCGGCAGACAUCUCUGCCGUCCUUGCCAUAACAGGGAAAAAGCCAGAGGCCUGGGAAAGUACAUUUGCCAGAAGUGUCAUGCCAUUAUUGACGAACAGCCUCUCAUAUUCAAAAAUGAUCCUUAUCACCCUGAUCAUUUCAACUGUGCAAACUGCGGGAAGGAACUUACAGCUGAUGCUCGUGAGUUGAAGGGAGAAUUAUACUGCUUACCCUGCCACGACAAAAUGGGCGUCCCCAUCUGCGGGGCAUGUAGAAGACCAAUUGAAGGCCGUGUGGUGAAUGCUAUGGGCAAACAAUGGCAUGUGGAGCAUUUUGUUUGUGCAAAAUGUGAAAAGCCAUUCCUGGGUCAUCGCCAUUACGAGAGAAAAGGCUUGGCGUAUUGUGAAACCCACUACAAUCAGCUGUUUGGUGAUGUUUGUUUCCAUUGCAACCGUGUGAUUGAAGGAGAUGUUGUGUCUGCUCUGAACAAGGCAUGGUGUGUGAACUGUUUCGCUUGUUCAACUUGCAACACUAAGUUAACACUCAAGAAUAAAUUUGUUGAGUUUGAUAUGAAGCCUGUUUGCAAAAAGUGUUACGAGAAGUUUCCUCUGGAGCUGAAGAAAAGACUGAAGAAACUAGCCGAGACUUUGGGAAGGAAGUAAAGACUUCAUCCGCUCUCCCCUUCCUUUGUGAAAAUCCUACCUAUAUCGCUGGGCGGGGGGGUGGUGCUUUGAGGCCGCAGUCAGGCAGCAAGUGAUGAUGUAUGCCUUCUGUCAAACCGAC